CUGAUGCUCCUCAGGUUUCAAAAUACUUAAUGGUAAAAUGUUUCUUGAUCAAAUCACCCACCUUCUGAUGCUCUCUGCACCGGUUGAUGGGUUCAAGAGCAUCAAAUUCCAAAUUCAAUGUACUAAGAGCAGAAAAAUACCAAUGGGUAUGCCCAUGUCACAAAAGCACGAGUUUUCCAAGUGGGAAGGUCUUCAUGCUGCGGAGUGCGGACCCAUCUCUCUGGCUUUUGCACAUUGGGCUUUCCUAAGCUCCUGGUUCCAUUUUUUCUGUUUCUCAUCUUAUCCAAAGAAAAAAUGUUUGUGGGUGAGGUAUUUCUGUCUUCCUUCUUUGAGGUGGUGCUGGACAAGCUGGUGGCUACCCCGCUGUUGGAGUAUGCGCGCCGGCAGAAGGUUAAGUCAACACUGGAAGACUGGAGGAAGACUUUGUUGCAUCUCCAAGCAGUGGUGAAUGAUGCAGAGCAGAAGCAGAUCAAGGAUACAUCAGUGAAGAUGUGGCUGGAUGAUCUCAAAGCUUUGGCUUACGACAUUGAAGACGUCCUGGAUGAGUUUGAUAGCGAAGCUAGGCGGCGAAGUUUGGUGGAAGGAUCAGGUCAAACCAGCACCAGUAAGGUACGGAAGCUCAUCCCAACUUUUCAUUUUAGUGGUGUGAGAUUUAAUGACAAGAUUGGUAAAAAGAUGAAGAGAAUCACCCAGGAGUUGGAUAAUGUCGUAAAAAGAAAAUCUGACCUUCAUCUAAGAGAGGGAGUUGGGGGAGUUUCAACUGAGUGGACUACUUGUUUGGUAGAUGAGUCUGAGGUUUACGGUAGGGAUGCUGAUAAGGAGAAGAUCAUGGAGUUGUUGCUAUCAGAUGAAGUACAUGAUGCUGGUCGUAAAGUUAGGGUCAUUCCGAUUGUUGGUAUGGGCGGGGUUGGUAAAACAACCCUAGCUCAAAUAAUCUAUAACGACAAGAGGGUGGAGGACAAUUUCGAUAUCAGAGUCUGGAUGUGCGUAUCUGUUGAAUUUGAUUUGGUUGGAAUAACAAGAGCAAUUUUAGAAUCGGUCUCUGGACAUUCAUCUGAUUCUAAAAACUUACCAUUGCUACAAGAUGGGUUGCAGAAAGAACUGAAUGGAAAAAGGUUUUUCCUUGUUUUGGAUGAUAUGUGGAACCAGGACCCUAUCCGCUGGAGUAGCUUAGAAAAGACCCUCAGAGCAGGAGCACAAGGCAGUGUGGUAAUGGUUACAACUCGCCAUGAAGAUGUUGCAUCAAUUAUGCGCACGACUCUUUCUCAUCAUCUUAGUGAACUGUCCGAUGAGCAUUGUUGGUCAGUCUUUGCAGAUCUUGCCUUUGAAAACAUAACUCCAGAUGCCCGCCAAAACUUGGAACCUAUUGGUAGGCAAAUAUUCAAGAAAUGCAAAGGAUUGCCUCUGGCAGCAAAGACGCUCGGAGGUCUACUGCGCUCGAAACACGAUGAGAAUGCUUGGAAGAAUAUGUUGAACAGUGAAAUAUGGGAUUUACCAGCGGAACAAAGUAGCAUUCUUCCAGCUUUACACUUGAGCUACCAUUAUCUCCCCACAACACUGAAACAAUGCUUUGCAUAUUGCUCCAUAUUUCCUAAGGAUCAUGAAUUUCAAAAAGAGCAGUUAAUUUUGUUAUGGGUGGCACAAGGAUUAGUGGGUGGCUUGAAAAGGGGGGAGAUAAUGGAAGAGGUGGGUGAAACUUGUUUUCACAAUCUAUUAUCCAGAUCAUUCUUUCAACAAUCUGCUCGCGAUAAGUCAUUGUUUGUGAUGCAUGACUUGAUUCAUGAUCUAGCACAAUUUAUAUGUGGGAAUUUUUGUUUUAGGCUGGAAGUUGGAAAGCAAAGCAGUAUUUCAAAGAAGGUUCGACAUUUAUCAUACAUCCGUGAGGAAUUUGAUGUGUCCAAGAAAUUUGAUCCCCUUCAUGAAACUAAUAAUUUGCGGACCUUCCUGCCACUAGGUAUGCCUCAUGAUGUUUCAACCUGCUACUUAGCUGACAAAGUCCUACAUGAUCUAUUGCCAACAUUAAGAUCUUUGCGGGUUCUAUCCUUGUCUCAUUAUAAUAUCACUCACUUGCCUAAUUCAUUUGGAAAUUUAAAGCACUUGCGCUAUUUGAACCUUUCCUAUACUGCAAUAAAAGAAUUACCCAAAUCAAUUGGUGCACUUUUGAAUUUGCAAUCACUAAUGUUGUCAAAUUGUGGUUCGCUUACCGAGUUGCCAUCAGAAAUUGGAGAACUCAUCAACCUGCGCCAUUUUGAUAUUUCUGAAACAAACAUAGAAGGGAUGCCAAUAGGAAUCAAUAGGCUAAAAGAUCUUCAGAGAUUGAGUACUUUUGUUGUUGUGAAGGAUGGUGGAGCAAGAAUUUGUGAGUUGCGAGAUCUUUCAUGCCUUGGUGGAGCACUCUCUAUUUUGAACUUGCAGAAUGUGGUGCAUGCUACUGAUGCUUUAGAAGCUAAUUUGAAGGACAAGAAAGCUCUUGAAGACCUGGUGUUUUCCUGGGAUCCUAAUGCAAUUGUCGGGGAUUCAGACAAUCAAACAAGAGUGCUUGAAUGGCUUCAGCCUCAUAACAAGUUGAAAAGGCUCACCAUUGAGUAUUACUGUGGAGUAAAAUUUCCAAACUGGUUGGGGGAUUCUUCAUUCAUGAACUUAGUUUCCUUGGAAAUUAAGAACUGUAAAUAUUGCUUGUCCUUACCACCUCUUGGGCAGUUAAAGUCUCUCAAGGACCUCUGCAUUGUAAAGAUGGAUGGAGUGCAAAAGGUUGGUACAGAGUUCUACAGAAAUGGUUCUGGUUCUUCAUUUAAGCCAUUUGUAUCCCUAGUGACUCUAGUGUUUCAAGAGAUGUUGGAGUGGGAGGAAUGGGUUUGUUCUGAAGUUGAGUUCCCUUGUCUAAAGGAGCUUCAUAUUGUACAAUGUCCAAAGCUGAAAGGAGAUGUACCUAAGCAUCUUCCUCAUUUAACAGAACUUGAGAUUACUGAAUGUGGGCAGCUGAUGGAUUCUCCUCCCAUGCUUCCAUCGAUUGAUCAGCCGCGGUUAGACAAAUUCGAUGAUGCGAUAUUUAGAAAUGCUGUUAACCUCUCUUCACUUACUUGUUUGAAUGCAAGUAAUAUUUGUAGAAUACCAGUGGAAUUGCAACACCUGCAUUCUCUUGUAGAAUUGUACCUUGUUGAUUGUCAGGACUUAAUUGAAUUGCCAACCAUUCUACACAAACUCAUCUCUCUAAAACGCUUGGUUAUCAAGAAAUGUCCAAAUCUUUCAUCAGUUUCGGAGAUGAAGCUGCCAUCCAUGCUUGAAUACCUUAAAAUAAAAAAAUGUAGGAGUCUGGAGUCCCUACCAGAUGAAAUGAUGCAAAACAAUAACUGUCUUCGACAUUUGAUUGUGAAAGGUUGUGGUUCUUUGACGUCCUUCCCCAAUGUCACUUCAUUGGAAUAUCUUGAAAUAAACAAUUGUGGGAAAGUAGAGUUACUCCUGCCUCAGGAUAUCAUGAUGCACAACUGCUACCCUUCCCUUAGAGCCUUUGUGAUAAAAAGCAGUUGUGAUUCUCUCAGGCUCUUUCCGUUGGGCUUCUUCACAAAGCUUGAGAAUCUUUGGUUCGGAAGGUUUGCAAAUCUGGAGGCCCUUUACAUUCCAGAUGGACUUCACCAUGUGGAUCUCACAUCUCUCCAGUCCAUUACCAUCUGGGAUUGCCCUAAUCUGGUGUCUUUUCCACAAGGAGGAUUGCCAGCUCCUAACCUCAGACUGCUUUUGAUCGAAAGUUGCAAGAAGCUUAAAUCACUGCCGCAACAAAUGCACACCCUCAUCACAUCCCUUCAAGAUUUGACAAUAGUUGAUUGUCCAGAAAUUGAUUCGUUUCCACAAGGGGGUUUGCCAACUAGUUUAUCUCAACUUACCAUCUUAGAUUGCUACAAACUCAUGCAGUGCCGGAUGGAAUGGGGCUUACAAACACUUCCCUCUCUUAGAAAAUUGGAAAUUCAAGAUAGCGAUGAAGAAGGAAAGUUGGAGUCAUUUCCGGAGAAGUGGCUGCUGCCCUCCACUCUUUCCUUUGUUGGAAUUUAUGGUUUUCCAAAUCUGAAAUCCCUUGAUAAUAUGGGGCUUCACGACCUCAACUCUCUUGAAACUCUGGAGAUUCAAGGCUGUACAAUGCUCAAGUCCUUUCCAAAACAGGGGCUGCCGUCCUCCCUCUCAUGUCUUAAAAUUGGGAACUGCCCUCUGCUAAAGAAGCGGUGCCAAAGGGAUAAAGGGAAAGAAUGGCCCAAGAUUUUUCACAUCCCCAGCAUUGUGUUGGAAGAGUAUGAGUCAUCUAAGGAAGUAAUCUUGUCAUGAGGCCCUUGCAUCCAUGCUCUUGCUUUUCUAUGCAAUUAUUGAUUGGGAUUCAGAUAGUAGUGUGCUCUACUGAAAAAAAAAGCCGGUGCCAAAGGGAUAAAGGGAAAGAAUGGCCUAAGAGUUCUCAUAUCUGCAACACUCUGUUUGAAAAAGGAGUCAAUUUAUCUGGAUGAGCCAUCUUAUGAUGAGGUUGUCUUAUCAUGAGACCCUUGCAUCCAAGCUCUUAGCUUUUCUCUGGACUCAUGGCCACCCAAUUAUUCAUUUAGGUUGAUUUUGGAUGACUUUUGAAUUUUACCAAAAAUAUUCAAAGGUGUGGUCUCUGAGUCAGGCCACUGAAUGAGUUGUUAACAAAAAUGGCAUCUUGGAAAGUGAAUAUCCACGUUAACUUUCAAACCCAAUUGUUAGUUCACAUCAAACUGGAGAAGAGUUUGUUCAUUGGACUUCAAUGUUGCUGGCUUCUGGUGUAAGGUGCAAAGUUCUUGGCUAUCAAAAGGCUUUAUGUCAGACUUCAUGCUGCAAUGGACCAAAACACUCUUCAUGUUCCUUUAACAAGCCCAGACAGAGUUACUAUGAUAAGGAUACAUGGAUGUGAGUGGAGAUCUGGAUUCUCAAAGGUGUUACAAAUGUAGUGCAGAAUCACCAACACUUGGAACUAUUUGUGUUGCAAAUAUUCUUUGAAGGCUUGGUUUUAAAGAAGUUUGUUAUGUUUUCUUCAAUAUUGUUUUGAUCAACUAUUGUUAACAUAUAUAUCUUGUGUAGUAUCAUUGCUUCGCUGUAACCAUAAUAUUGGUAAUGCUCUACUGCACAAAGAUGGCCGGCUUUCCAAUUUGAUUCUUUUGAAAUUCUAUUUGUGUGUGAUAUUUCUCUUGAAAUUCUAUUUAUGUAUGAUUUUUUUUGAGUGAUAUUUCAGUGUUUUACUUUUAGAAAGAGGGUAAUUCUCUCUUAUAAAGGAUUUAAUUAGACAUUCGUUUGGAAUCUUAGGUGCUGUUGCUUAAGUUGUGCUUUGUUACUUAGAAACAGAGUUGUCCUUGUUUCCUUCAGUUUCAUUUCUAUGCUUUCUUUGAUGAUUUAUUCUUUCAAAUAAGGAAGCAGUGCAGUAAAUCGAAUACUGGACAGAAUUUAAAUCAAUAGGUAGAUAUUCUAUAGACUUAGAUGAAAAAGGUUUGUCUAUUUCUAGCUCACAAAGCUUAAACAUCUCCUCUUUCUUGUCCUUUGUUUCAUACACUCUACAAAUGUUCAUAGCAUUUUAAUGAAAUAUUUCGAUAUUGCUGCUAUUAAAACCUAUGUCCAUCUUCAUGUUAUGCAGUUUCCUCUAUGGUAUCACUGAAGAAUUUGUAAGAAGCAUUUUUGUCAUAUAGAUGAUUCUUUUACAACUCAUCACCAUGGUUCUUGGCAAGCAACUGUCUUUCACUAUCAUAAUGAUUCUGUUUUGCUUGGUCAAUAGGGUAAUUUGGUGCUUGAAUGGAGACUGGUGGUUGGAAGUUGAUGUCGAAUCACCAAGACCCAAAAAUAUAUGGAUGCUAUACUCAUUGUAUAGACUUUUCACUUCUCCUGUGUCUUGCAUGGCACUUGGGUAUGCUCUUUUGCACGGGGAGAGCUUAGGCAUGGUAGAAAAACAGAAUCUAUGGAAGGGGACCAAAACAUUCUUCCUGUCACUUGAAGAAGCCCAAAGAGAGUUACCUGAUAAGCAUAUGUGGCUGUGAGUGGAGAACUUCAUCCCCAAAUGUGGUGCAGAGUCAUUAAGACUUGGAACUAAUCAAGUGUGAAGGAAAGCAGAGGAAGCUACACUAGUUUUUCCUCCCUUGAAUAAUACUUGAAUAUAGUACCCCUAUAUGUGAGGAGGUUAGCAAGGCAGGACAGCCUUCUUCUUCCCUACGAGCUCAUCUAUCAAAUGAAGCGGCUAAUGUCAUUGCCGCUAUGACAUGCAACCUCUGCAGCUGUUGGAAGCUGAUACAGAUUUCUCGUCUCACAGACAAGGUUUCUCUUCUGUCGAUACUGCAACUAUUUGCAUGCUUAGUUUGUUAGUUUCUUAAUUGUAAGCGGAUGAGAGCAAUGUCCCUUGAUAUCUGUUUGGGCUCAUAAGGCAUCCUGUUACAACUCUUGCAUUGUAGCUGCUCACCAAGUAGUUUCUUCUUGUUGGAAAUGUGUUCUGGUGGGAUAUUGAAUAUUCCUAAGUUUUACUACUUUCUGUAUCACAGGAUGUUCUGUGUAUUUCAGUUCAACUUACUGAUAUGAUUUCAAUUCUAGGGGGUCCAUUGCCCUCUAAGCAAGAUGAGAAUA